CUGUGCUGGAAGACAAAAAUUUCCGGGCCGUUCAUGUUCAUAUUCAUGUGUCCCUUCCAGUCGUUUUGUAGAGCACUGCGUAUAUAGGAGCAGAGAAAGAAGAGAAUUAAGAGUCAUAAAUAUAAUAUUCAGCCACUUAAUGGAGAUUUAAUUGCAGGAGCUGAUCUCCAAGCAUGAGGACAGCCCGCUCAGACCGGAGGACGACGCUGGCUCUGUUCUUCCAGAGCUGCAGAAAGUCUGUAGACGUCCCUACUGAAUGCUGACAGGGCAGCGAUAGGCUGUGAUAGGCAGCUCUGCUGCAUCUGUCAUCCUGCUAUGCUCUCCACGGAGGUGGCCCGGGAAUUCCAGGCAAAAGAGCGCAAAUGCAAGAAUAAUCUGAGGAAAUGUCUGGCCAGCGCUCUUUCUGGAGACCUAGACAGGCUGCUGCAGGAGGAGCAGGAGGUGGAUGUUACUCUGUGCGUGGGUUCAGGGCUCCGGCUCCAGGCCCACAGGGCCGUCCUCCUGGCUCGGGCACCUCAUCUCCUCCAGGGAGCCGCAUCAACUGCUUUAGUCAUCCACCUACAGGGCAUAGAGCCCACAGCUCUGAAAGAGAUCAUCCGGAGAGUGUACACAGAGGAUAAGUGCCUGGGGAAAGUGACCAGUGGCUCUGCCGGACUGGAUAGCCAUUCAGCACUGCUGAAUGGCGCGGCAGGUGAGACAGAGGAUCUGGAGCUUCAUGUUAGUUCACAUGCAGAUUCUGUGCAUUUAGAGCCAGCCUCUGGCCUUGGCACUGACCUUUUGGCUCUGUAUGAAAGAGGUGAAGCCUCUGAUAUUAGCAUCCAGGUGGGAGAGCGAGUCUUCUCUGCUCACAGGGCUAUUCUGUGUGCCCGCUCUCAGUAUUUCCGAGCGAUGCUGUGUGGCAGUUGGAUGGAGAGCUCGCGUCAGUGCAUCACACUGCAGGGUCUUGGUCCAGACGAGAUGGAGAUUCUUCUGCACUUCAUGUAUGGAGCAAUACUGGACCUUCCUCCAGGAACCAAUGUGAGUCAGGUUGUGUUAGCAGCAGACAUGCUGGGUCUGGAAGGACUGAAAGACAUGGCUGAAAUGGUUCUGACCAGAGACUACUGCAGAUUCUUCCCAAAGCCCGUUGAAGGAGUUCAGAGGAGCAUACUCGAGUGCCUUGCCAUCAGCCAUUCCAUCGGCCUUCAGAAUCUCUACAGCUCCUGUGUUGGCUCAGAAAAGCAUGAGAAAGUAGGUCGAGUUUUUCCCAGCGCCUUGGAUGUGAGAUGUUUUCAUGCUGCCUCUGCUGUGGGUAGGAGUGUGAGAUGGGUUGCUGAGCAUUUUGUGAAGUGCUGGUCAGAGAGGAGCUUUGCUAUCCUUCCUCAGGAACUACAGAGAGACUGCCUCAACACCGUCAUCAAAAACAUGACGGUGCAGAGUGUGGUGUCCGUACUGUGUGACAGUGAGCAACUGAUUGGCAGUCUGCCAGAAGUCAAGUGGGCAAAGCAGGUUCAGAGUCUGGCCAGUGAGCUUCAGGAGCAAUGUUUAAACACCAUCGUCACGCACCUGCCCAGAGUUAUACACACCACUGCCUUCCAUAGCCUCCGCAGGAGAGAGGAGUUCACGCGUGAUCCUACGCUGCUGAGGAAGGUCUGUGUGGCUGUGCGGGAGGGCGUUACCGUGGAGAACUGCUGCGAACUCUUCAGCGCUGUGGACCAGCUGAGUGGCCAUUCAGACGCUGACAUACUGACAGCAGAAUCAGCCAAUCAGGAGCAGGAGGAGGUGGAGCCGUUCAGGCGUGAGGUGUGUUUGCUGCACGCUCGGCUGUGGACCUUUCUGCUUCAGUCUCUCUUUGCAGUGCGGCACACGCGAGGAUGGGACACGCUGCCGCCGAGACACAGAGAACGGAUACUAGCAGCUACUCUUGAUACUGGAGACUGCAGAAGGCUCAGUAAAAAACCUGUCCUCACCAGCUCUCAGCAGAAGCUUGGAAAAUGUCCUUCAGGCUCGUCAUCACCGUGUGACAGUCCUCCAACUCUUCGGCCCCUGAAGGCCCUCAGGGGUCCGCGUCUGUCUGCUGGAAACUCACUAGAGAGCACUAUGAAAUCCGACAAUCUGACAACACAUACGACGGCUGCAGCCACAAAAACUAAACCUGGCACCAAUAAUAAGACUGACAAGGCUCAGCUGGCCGGCAGUCUGGCUAAAAAGAAAACGCCCUCUGCCGCUAAACCUGUGCUGAAUGGUAGUGGUGGCCCAGCAGCCCGGAAGGACAAUUCAGCUAAUAAUGGCUCCCGGGGGUCACCCACUGGUAAGGUGGCCCAGGAAAAGAGGACCGCAACAGGCGCCAGGCCCAAGUCUUCCACUGCUGGGCCUGCUGGAGCAGUAGGACAGGUUACAGCAGGGAAAAUACACAAAGCUGCGGCAUCAGGGAAGGACUCCACUCAGGGCUCUGCCUCCGACAGCCCAGGGAAUGCCCACUGCACCCAAACCACGCCCUCCACAUCAGGCAGUGCAUCACCAGAGAGCAGCAUGAGUAGCCCACGCAACAACAUCCAUGAUGCUUCUGCAGUUCUCAGGCCAAGACCCCAAGCCAAGGCAGCAACAAAAUCUCCUCUGACCAAGACUGUCCAAAAACCAGAGACGGACAAGACAAACAGCCCCACAAAUAAAACAAACAAGCCCAAGGCCACAGUGAGAAGCGGAGCAAGUGUCAGUGGCUCUACAGCAGCUCGGACAGAGGCAAAGAGCAGGAAUACCGCUUCAGAAAACCAUGUUUCUACCAGACCUAGCACAGCCCUGAGCUCCAGAAAGCCUACAUCUCCCAGGAAAGAGGACGAAAAGGAUGGAUCCAAGGUUCCAACUACUAAAAAACUAACAAGACCCAGCACAACAGAGUCCAAACCUAUCACCAAAGCAGGAAAACCCACAGUGUCAUCCUCUAAACCAUCUUCCACUACUCCAAAUAAAGCUGUUCCCAAGCAGAAAACAUCAGAAACACCAGCUGGAAAAUCUUCUCCUAGAUCUGCCACACCAUCCAAACAGUCCUCUCCUGCUGCUUCCAAAAAGCCAGCUGCUGCAGCGAAGGAUUUAGUUUCCAGCCCCAAACACUCAGAGUCCAAACGGGCCCCCCAGGAGACCAACUCUGCUGUAGAGGAAGUGAGGGAACAGGUGAGUGGACAGGGUGAGAGCUCCACAGUUCCUUUUUCGUCUGUUUCAUCUCAUGUUGGCACAGUUUUGCCAAAACAGUCUGCUUCGGUUCAGGAUUCUGCACACGAAACAGUUAUGUUGGCUUCUAGGGAGCCUUCAGUUAUUGAGAAAAGCACUGAUUCACAAGUUAAAUCCAGCAUUGAAGGGAAAACAGAAACUACAGUUCAGACAGCAGUACAAAGCAAACUGAACCCUGUAAGUACAGACACUAUGCAGAGAGAGGUGGGAGGGCCAAAAGUUGCCUCAAGUCAUGUGAUUCCUCCUCAUCACAGCACUGCAGCAGCGCAGGGAAAUAUUACCCAGAAUUCUUCCAGAGAUUCUGACUUGCCCCCUGAUACCCCCUGCAGUCUGGGCAGCACAGAUACACCCCUGGAGGAUUCGUGGAGUGGCAUACACCCCCAGGUCAGUCCUGAAUCAGAAACAGCAAGUGCCACCACAUCCUCGGACGACAUAAAGCCACGCUCAGAAGAUUAUGAUGCAGGUGGCUCGCAGGACGAUGACUGCCACUCCCACGAGCGCGGCGCAUCCAAAUGCGGGACGAUGCGAUGCCCUGACUUCCUGGGUCGCAGCAGCAGUGACACUAGCACCCCUGAGGAGCUUAAAAUGUAUGAGGGCGGGGCCGGGCUGCGGGUGGAGGUGCGGCUUAGAGGCAAAGAGGCAGAGACUACAAGCGAAGAAGAGGUGGGGCGUCGGAGGCCACCAUCCUGGCUGAGGCGUGAUCAGGACACCGUAAAGGAGGAGAAUUCUGAGAUGAAUGCCAUGGUAACGGAUGUAAAGAAAGUGCCAGACCAUCAGCUCUUCUCAUCUGAGGAAGAAGAGGAAGAAGAGGAGGAGGAGUCUGAGGAUGAAAGGUCUGAGGUUGAAGUCUUACCCGGUGGAGUCGCGGCUCCUCAUGGCGAACCUUCACCCCAGUUCCAGUUCCAGGGCAUUGUGAACCUGGCGUUUGAAGACGGUGUGGAGCAGGAGAACGAGCAGCUGGAGUACCAGUCUGCUUCCGGUUUCCGCCGGUCAGUGCUGCUUUCGGUGGACGAGUGUGAGGAGCUGGGAUCUGAAGAGGGGGGAACACAGACACCCCCACAACAGGAGGAAGAUGCUGUCACACCAUGCGACGUCUUUGAGAGCGAGUCCCAUGACAGCCGGACCCACUGCGACUCCCAGAAGCCCACCAGCACGUCAAAGGGCGGCUGCAGUUCCAGUGUCCUUCAGGAGGGGGAGCCUAAAUCUGUGGUUUUCCUUACAGAGGUCCAGGAGUCUCCUCAAGAAGAGCCUGUGUAUAACGAGUCCCAGCCAGACACAGACGUAAAUGCGGUUGCACCUCAAGAACGGCCCUGUCACCUGGACCUGCGGUUGACCGAACAGUACGGCAGCCUGCAGUCUAAACACACAGACAGCAAAAGAGCUGACUUGCGGCUAGACUUAACUGAGCCGCAGGUGACCGCUAGCUCAUCACCUGCUCACCCUGCCCAGUCCCCAGCAGGGGACUUUGAUGGUUGUGACAGAUUGGAUCAAAGCUGCACACAUGACCGACGCUCAUCUAAAGUGCUGUCCCCCAUUUACGAGCUCGACGUGGGAGAGGCCUUUGAGCAAAGCUUGGAUGCGGACAGGACCAACGAAGAGCAGCGAGGGAAGGAAGAUGAAGAAGAGAUGGAAAAAGAGAACGGGAUGGAGGAGGAGGAUGAAAAUAGCAAGUUUGCAGAACGUGACUGGAGUCUGCUCCGGCAGCUUUUGUCUGACCAGGAGUCCAGUCUGGGCAUCAUAAAUUCUGUCCCAGAGGAUUUGAACCUGGCUCAGUAUCUGAUAAAACAAACCCUGUCACUGUCUCGGGACUGUGUAAAUGAACAAGCCUUUCUGCCUCAUGAAAAAGAAAGUUUCAAACGAUGGGCGGAGCUUAUUUCUCCUCUGGACGACUCUACCACCAGCAUCACUGUGACCAGCUUCUCUCCUGAGGACGCUGCCUCUCCGCAGGGAGAGUGGACCAUAGUGGAGCUGGAGACUCAUCACUAAAACGGACAGACUGAGGGAUUAUAUCAUGCUCUUUCAGCAUUUGAGGAUUAUCAGGUGUUUUUUGGAUUGUUAUGUUCUCUUCUUUCCUCUCUAUGUGGAUGUUCCUCAUUGUUUUGGAGAAACUUUGAGACGUUUCAGCCACAGAUUCUUUAUGAUUUUGCUUAACAUUACACCCUGCCUACUGACUUGUCUUCAUAGGUACUUUAUCAAGGAGUGGAUCGAUGGACUCAAUGCAUUUAAUUUGCAUGUGGACGUUUUUUCUAACAAGUAAUACUGUUUACUCGGUGUCGCUUUGAUCUUUGUAGAAAACAAAAAAUGCAUAAUUCUCAGCUUUUUCUGUCUUUAAACCAUGGUUAGACAACGGUUCUGAACAGAGCAAUCAGAAUAUGUAGUGAGUCUGGUGGUUUACAUUUAUUGUUGUGCUUAAUAAAGUGUGUGCUUAUA